AUGACUCAUGAUCCACACCAUUCUUCUCCUCUUCCUCCUCCUCCUCCUCCUCCAAAACACAAAACGAAAUCCAAUCCUACGACAACUAGACCCUCUUCUUCUUCUUCUUCUUCUUUUUCCCGUAUGACCUCCUUUCCCAUCUUUCCUUUCUUUCCCAUUUCUCACUCUUCUCCUCCUCCUCCUCCUCCUCCUCGACGCCCUUCCCUUUCCUCCACCCAUUCCUCCUCUUCUUCUUCUUCCUAUUCCUCUGCUCCUCUCUUUGACCACCAAUCCCCCGAGUUUCUUCAUUCCAUCCCAGGAAGCCUUCAUCUUGCCUCCGAUGCUUCCAUCAAACGUCUCAUUGAUCGAUUCGGUGCCCUCAGCCUUCUUCGCCAACUCGCCAAAGACGUCGCUGAACGUGACGCUUUUAUUUCCAACGUCAAAUUCCAUUACGAGUCCCGUGAAGCCGUCUUUCGUGACCUUCUUCGUCAACAUGGCUUAGACCCUGUCGUUGCCAAUACCAAACUUGCAAAACAACGCUCCGUCCUUCCUCCUUCUUCCUCCUCCUCUUCCCAUCCAUCUACCGCUCCUGCUCCUGCUCCUGCUCCUGCUCCCACCACUUCCGUACCUCUUCUCUCUUCCCAUUUGGACGAACCUCCUACUCCCCUUUUCGUCGAUAAACCUUUUCUAAAAUCCAAAAUUUCCUCCGCCAUCAAUGAACCUUUCCUUCCCUCUUCUUCUUCCUCCUCCUCUUCUGCCUCCUCUCCUCCCCUUUCUCCCACCCUUCCCACAACUUCCUCUCCCCCGAUUUCCCUUCCAAAUAUCACUGCCAACAAUUCCUCCCAUCAUAUUCCUUUUCACAAAUCCUCCCCUUCGCCUUCUUCUUUUCCAUCGCCUAAACCUUCCCACACCCUCGUGGCCUCUCCCACCCUCUCUUCCGCCUGCCCAUCGAUGGCCCGACUGAAUCUCGAUGAUCCUUCCUGCUCUUUUUCCCACAGUGCCAUCGAGGUAUCUGACUCUUUGUCUCCCCUCGCUGAUCCACCGUCCUCCAUGCAGCCUUCCUCCGCUGCCAAUCUCACGUUUCCUGGUUCAGUGGAGCUCGACAAUUUAAUUCCAAAACAAGACCUCCCUCCCACUUUAAGAAAUGAUUGGACUCCUCAUACCAUUGCCAAGUCCAAUCAAACCUUCGACCAAUUCGGUUUCGUAAGUAACCUUCCCAACUCGUCCUCCACCUCGUCCUCCGAUCCAUCUUCCAAAACCUUCAAGCCUCUUAGAUCCUUGCCUUCGUCUCAUGCCGCUUCGUCCCUAGCCUUGAACCUUGACUCCACCUCAUCACCCUCCAAAACAUCCUACCUGUCCAACGAUUCUCAGGAUGCUGCGCAGAUGAAGCGCUGGGACGAUUAUGUUCAAAAAUAUUCUAUCAAGUAUGGCAAGUUUGAUGAAAAUAGCAACGAGUUGCUGGGAAAAUGUAGUCUUGGGAAAACAAAACGUGGCUCGAAAAAAAGGUUUGAACGUUUUCGUCGCCUUGUCAAACAAGGUGUCCCCGUCCCCUAUCGUCCCAAAGUCUGGUUAGAAUGCUCUGGUGCUCGUCAGUUGCACGUUCCUGGCUACUACGAUGAGCUACUUGCAAAAUCCGAUACUUCCGAUCCUUCCAAUCGAAUCCAGAUUGAUCAGGAUAUAAAGCGGACCCUUGUUGGGAAUGUCUUUUUUGGCGGAAACGGCCCGGGUGUCCCCAAACUUCGCCGUGUUUUACUCGCUUAUAGCUUACAUAAUCCAGAAGUUGGAUACUGCCAAGGAAUGAAUGUUAUUGUGGCCUUUUUCUUGCUAAUUUAUGCAUCAGAAGAAGAUGUUUUUUACUUAGUCAUGAGUCUCAUUGAAAAUUAUCUCCCAAAAGAUUACUUUACUGCCGAUCUUUUAGGCUCAAGAGCCGACCAAAUUGUUUUUAAAGAAUAUGUCAGUCUUCUGCUGCCUCAAAUAAGCUCUCAUCUGAAAAAACUAAAGGUGGAUUUGGAAGCUGUUACGUUUCAUUGGUUCCUUAGUUUGUAUACGGAUACGGUGGGUACCAAGCUUGGUUUUCGUAUUCUAGAUUUAUUUUUUUGUGAUGGAUAUCCUUGUUUGUUUCGUGUAGCGGUAGACAUAAUCUACACGCUAAAAGAUAAAAUACUGGCAUGCAAUACCCCGUUUGCCGUCUAUUCCCUGUUAUGUGAUUUGAGGAGUUAUCCCUUUGAUUUAGACGCGUUUUUGAACAACGCGGCCGAAAAAUGGAAGUAUCAAAUUCAUGAGAAGGAUUUGCAACGAAGGCAUACAAGAGCUAUGUCUUUACUUUAA